ACAUCAUUUUCAACUCCUCCAUCCAUCCACAUUCUCUCUCUCUCUCUCUCUCUCUCUCUCUCUCAUUUCAACUCUGAUGAAACGCCAAAACUAUAGAGAAAACAAUGCACCACCCCAUGAGAACAAAGACCACCUAGCUAACACCUCACUCUUUCUCUCUCUUACUUAGUUUCUAUCAAUCAUUCUCAUUCUCUCUCUCUCUAAACUGGCAAUGGUGGUCUUGGUGACCCCUCAUUUCAAUAUCUGAGACAGCAAUUAAUGAAGUAAAUCAACAAGAAUUGAGAGAGAGAGAAAGAGAGAGAAUGUUUAGGUUACAGAGGCCGAACAGGUCUUCCAAAUCAGGAGAGAGAAUUGACUUCAAGUUCUCCAAUUUCCAAGCCAUUCAGGUACCAAAAGGAUGGGACAAGCUUUUUGUGUCUGUUAUCUCCUUAGAAACAGGAAAGACAAUUGCAAAAUCAACGAAAGCAGCUGUGCGAAAUGGUAAUUGUCAAUGGACAGAGACUUUGUCAGAAUCUAUAUGGCUUUCGCAAGAUGAUUCUAUAAAAGCGCUUGAAGAGUGUCUCUUCAAGUUUGUUGUUGCCAUGGGAUCAGCAAGAUCUGGCAUCCUUGGAGAGGCUACUGUCAACAUGGCUAAUUAUAUGUCUUCGAAGGCUUCUGUUCCAGCUAUGUUGCCCCUGAAGAAAUGCAAUUAUGGUUCGAUUUUACAAGUUAAAAUUCAAUGCCUAACACCAAGAACAAAACUGAGGGAUGAAGAAUCAAAAGACUCGAGUUCUCAUAUGGAAGAACAGAACGAAGAUCAUCACGACAUGGAGCUUAAGUCAAAUGGGUCUGAUGAUUCAUUUGCUAGGAAUGAUGGAUCUCUCUCAAGUAAAGAUUUGGGCUCCACUUCACAUCCAGCAGAACUUCAGAGCAGGGAAGCAAUCUCAGCAUCUGGUUCACAUCACAGCCUUGACUCAGCAGAGGGCUCCAGAGGGCAGGACAUUUUCUCCCCGAGAAAUGAUUUAAAUGGUGACAAAUACAACCCGGUUGGAAGACAACACUCAAGCAGUUCCGUAAAUAGUUCUCCACACAGCAAUUAUCCUGUUGAAGAUCCUUCUCAGUCAAAUCACUCAUCCUUUAACUCAAGGGUUACACAUUCAAGGAAUAAUUCUGACAAUCAUUCUCAGAAUUAUCCUGUUGCAUCACCAUCUCUGAUGAAUGCUGGUUCUUCAAAAAACCUUCUGGAAGCUGCAGAAGAUACAAUUGAAGAGCUUCGUGUGGAAGCCAAAAUGUGGGAGAGAAAUGCAAGAAAGCUAAUGCUUGAUUUGGAUAUAUUGAGAAAGGAAUUCUAUGAUCAGUCGAAAAGACAAGCAAACCUAGAUAUGGAGCUUUCGGCUGCUUACACAGAACGUGAUAGCUUCAAGAGAGAAGUUGAGCAAAUGAAGCUAAUGUUGGAGGAAUCAAUGUUGAAACAAAUGGCGAGGGAGGAUUCAGCGUUUCAAUCUGACGGUGCAAUCCAUAUUCGAAAGGAACUGGAAAAUGAGAUAAAGUUUCAGCAAGAAUCUAAUGAUGAUUUGGCUAUGCAGUUGAAGAGGAGUCAAGAAUCAAAUAUUGAGCUUGUUACUGUUCUCCAAGAACUAGAAGAGACCAUAGAAGAGCAGAGAGUUGAGAUUGAGAAUCUCUCAGCUCUGCAAUUGAAAUUCAAUGAUAUGGAAAAAUCUAUCGAAGAAAAGUUGGAAGAAAACAGGAGUUUAUUACUCCAGCUUCAACAGCUCGAGGAAUCAGAGAACAAGUUGCAAGACAAUAUGAGAUUGCUUGAACAAGCCUUGGAGGACAAAAGAAAUGAGAAAGAGAAUGAUUCUAGUCUGAAUAGCCAUGCUCUUCUGGAUAUUGAGACAGAAUAUAAAUGUAAAUUAUCUGCCAAAGAAAAUGAAAUAGCCAGUUUGGAAGAAAAAUUAUCUGAAUCUCUCAUGAAUAGACAAUCAGAUGAAUCGGAUCUGAUCCGUGAAAUUGAAGCCUUGAAAGAGAAAUUGCAAGAGCUAGAAAGUGAUUGCAGUGAGCUCACCAAUGAAAACUUGGACCUUUUAUUCAAGCUUAAGGACUCCAAGAACAAUUGCAUGUCAGGAUGCCCAUCAUUUGACAGUUCAUCCGGUGAGCUUCCACCUAAAUCGUUUUCAGAAACUGAGGUGAGAAAACUUGAAUCUGAAAUUCAGGAUCUGCAAGAGGAGCUGAAGAAGACAGUGAUCGAGAAGGAUCAGCUAGCUGCUAUUGAAACGUCUAAUUCUAAAGUGUACCCUGAUUUAGUUGAACAGCUUCAGAUGGCCUUUUAUCAUGUAAAGAAGCCAUGGUAUAAUGUUUCGCCUCAUGUAAAUAACGACUUUGAAUCUAAUCUAAUUUCCACAGAUGUGACUUCUCCAAAAGAGUGGGCUGACUCUAUCUUGAAUUCUUUCAUUGGGCUGAACAAAUUAUUGGAAGCAAGGAUUGUUCAGUGUGAAGAGGUUCUUCAACAUGGCGAACUUGAGAUCAAAGAGAGGAAUGAUGAUGUUGCAGAAGCUCAAAAGAAGCUGGAAGAUUAUAUUUCGAAAGAAAAUAACCUUUGUCAUUCCAUUCAAGAACUUGAGAGUUCGAACGCUGAUCUUGAAGCUAAUCUUACAUGUCUAGAAAAGGAAUUGAACGAACAAAGAUCUGAGAUGGAGAAGCUUGAGGCUAGUUUGUUCUUGAGGGAAGAGGAGAUUGGUUUUCUCAGACAGUGUCGAGGGGAAUUAGAAGCUCAGAAUUCUGAUCUUGAAAAGGAAAAAAUCCAACUGGAGGAAAACGUGGAAAUCAUGCUGAAGGAAAGCAACAUCACCUCCAACUGCGUGGAUGAUCUACGAAACGAUUUAAUGAAGCUCAACAACAGUGUGGAGUCCCAUGUUUCGGCUAACAAGAUCCUUGAAAGGAAAUGUUCAGAGCUAGAAAGCCAAAAACAGGAAUUAGAGCUCCACUUAUCAGAUCUGGAAAAAGAAAACGUGCAGUUAUUAGAACGCAUAUCUGGAUUGGAAGAUCAACUGAGGUAUAUGACAGAUGAGAGGGAAUCCUAUCGAUUGGAAAUAGAGAACUCCAAAUCUGUUGCUUUGAGUCUCCAAGUUGAGAUCAGAAGAUUGGAAAUUGAGAUGGAGACAGAAAAACUGAAUCUCAUACAAAAAUUACAUGAUAUGCAAAAUCAAAGGUCAGAAGCCCAAGAGGAGUGUGAAAAUCUGAGAAUAGCAUAUCAGAAAUUACAAGUUUCUGCUGAGAACCUCAUUGAAGAAUGCAAUGCUCUUCAGAAAGCAGACGAGCAAUUGAGGAGGCAAAAAAUGGAGUUGCAUGAGCUUUGUACACACUUGGAGACCGAAUUGAGAGAAUCACAGCAAAAUUCUUCUGAUUACUCUAGAAGGGUUGAAGCCUUAGAAGCAAAUCUUUCUGCAAUGCUUGAAGAUUUUACCUUGAAAGAGAAGAGCUUGAGUUCAGAACUAGAUGGUCUUCUUAAGGAAAACAGGAAUCUGAAGGAGAAACUUGAACUCGGAGAAAGCAUGUUGAAUCAGAUGUGGAUGGAGAAGACAGCUGAAAUUGAGAACCUUCAAAGGGAGAUUGAACAGCUCACCAAGCAAAUUUCUGCCACUUGUGAUGAAAGAGAGAAAAUAGCUUCUGAAGCUGUACAUUUACGUGCUAGUAAAGCUAAGUUGGAAUCUGAUCUUCAAGAAGUCCAAUCUAAAGUUAAAUUGAUAGAGAAUGAGCUUGAUACUGUCAGAACAGAAUCUGAAUUGAAGGUACAAAAUUUGAUGGUCGAGAUUUCCUAUUCUAGACAAAACCACGAGUUAAUAGUGGCAGAUCAUGAAAAAGUGUUGAAGUUGUUGAGGAGUUACAGGUCGAGUGAAGAGAAACUGAAGACAGCUCUGAAUGAUCUUGAGCUAAAGCAUACUGUUUCGGAAUAUGAACGACAACAACUCAUUGAAGAAACUGCUAAUUUGAAGUUUCAGUUGCAUAAGGUAGCAAACCUUCAGGAUGAAAUUUUGGCUUUAAAGAGUGAGCUUGAUGCAUAUAAGUUUGAAAAGGAAAAACUGAAAGCUUCCCUGCAUUCAGUUUCUGGAGAUUAUGAAGAAUUGAAGGCUGAGAAAGUUGCAUUUCUUCAGAAAAUUUCCAGCUUGCAGACAGUCGUGUCUGAUUUUGAAGAAUGCAAACAGAAGAAACUUGCUUUAGAAGAGAAACUUCUGCAGAUGGAGGGUGAUAUAUCAGCAAGCAAGGCAUUGUGUGCUCAGGAGGCUGAGCUGAAAAAUGAGCUCGUCGAAAUCACUAAAGGAAACAAGCAAUUUCAGUGGAAAAUACAACAACUCGAGGAGGAGAAGGGUGAAUGCCUGAAGAAAGCUCAGGCCCUCGAGGAGCAGCUCAAAUUAAUGGAGGAGCAGAAAAAGAACCGAAGUCGUCCCAGGACUAAAAAGGGUGAUAACAAGUAUGAUUUUCAUGAUGGAAGUCCUCGUGCUAGUGGAGUAGAUCAUAUAGCAAAAGUCCAGUUGCUUGAGAAUGAGCUUGCUCAGGCUUUGGAGGCAAAUAACAAAUACAAAGUUCAGCUUCAGAGGCUUUUGGCCGAGGGGAGAAACAAUCAUGCAGCUGCUCCCAGGAAAUCAACAGCUGAAGGUGAGGUAGUAGCAAAAGAAAGAUUUGAGCGCACAAAAUCAUCACUAGAGACAGAACUAAAAGACAUUCGUGAGCGCUACUUUGACAUGAGUCUUAAAUAUGCUGAAGUGGAGGCACAGAAAGAAGAUCUCGUGAUGAAGCUCAAGGCAGCUAGGAACGGAAAGAAGCGGUUGCCAUGAAUCCAUGAUCAUUCCAAGGCAACUUCGAUCCUUUGGCAUUUCAUCACUUUUUCAGACUCUUGGUGUAUUUUUGGGCUCCGCUAUGCAUGCUUUCACUGCACAACUUCUCCGAAUGGAUUCAAGGAAACCUCUGCAAGGACAAGUCAGAGUAUUAUUAUGUUUGUUUUUGUUUUUAUUUUUAUGUUUUAUGUAAUGACCAAUAAAUGAAGGUUGCUUCUGCAAAAAAAAUAUGAUGAUGAUGCGUUUUCAGUGUGGUUUGUAAGGAGAUCCGUACACUAUAUCGUACAGAUUAUUAGUUCAUCAAUAACACAGGUUUGAGUUGGUUUGUGCCCACUGUGGUGGCCACUCAUGUAACUCUAUCAUAUUUUAGUCA